AUGAUUUCAGAUUUAGGUAUAGAAUAUUUUACUCAUAUUGAACUUGAUUAUCUUGAAGAAAUAGAACUAAUUGAUAUUAGUGUACUUGCAAUUUUACUUACAUUACUAUCAUAUAAUUCUUUAAUUCAUCAACAUAAAUAUGAAUGGUUUCGUAAUAAAGAUAAUCUUAUUCAAAAUGAUGAACAAAUUUCUAACACACAAUUAUUAAUUGAAAAAGAAUUGAUAGUUAUUAAAUUAUUAUUAAACAUACGUAAACAACAAGCAUCAUUAACAGUUGACGAUCUGAAUAGAUAUCUUGAAUCAUAUCCAAUACCAUGUCGAUUAUGA